UCAACUGGCAGAACAGCAGGCACCGAGUCACCAAGCUCGACAGCGGGCACCGAGUCAUCUGGCACGACAGCGGGCACCGAGUCAUCUGGCACGGCAGCGGGCACCGAGUCACCUGGCACGACAGCGGGCACCGAGUCAUCUGGCAUGACAGCGGGCACUGAGUUAUCUGGCACGACAGCGGGCACCGGGUCACCAAGCUCAACAGAGGGCACCGAGUCAUCUGGUAGAACAGUGGGCACCGAGGCGCCGAGCCACGGGCACCGAGGCACCAGGCAGGGAUGGGUAGCGGGCACCAGGUCA